AGAGACAACGCUGACCGAAUGAUAUUAACAUUUUCUUUCUCUCUGUGCCCUUCAAGGCCAAAGACAAAGAGGUAGUAAAUCCAUAUAUCAAUACAUAGUAAAAGCCUUUUUUUUUUCCCUUCGCAAUGUUUUCAGAAAUAUACUCCAUCAUGAAUGUAAUCAUAUCUUUUCCCGCUCUCGCGUUCGUUCUGCUUUCCGUCUCAAGUACCUAUACGACUUCACUCAACGUCGUAUUUUUUUAUAUAACAUGGGCGACACUGAUAUGGUCGCACUCGCCCUUGUACAUUGAAAUGCUGGGCACAUUGCUCAUGCGACUAAUUUUCUACGUCCUCCCUUCUGCCAUCUUCCUCUUAUUCGAUUCUGCAGCCCCGACUCUGUCCGCCAGCGUUAAACAGUAUAAUGAGCUCGCGCUGCCUGCGCGAAAAGGUGGCUUUCGAGGUCGGCCUACGUGGUGGAAGGUCGCCGGGUUCUCUACUCUCAAUGUGUUACUUGGCCUUGCGCUUCAAUUCUCAAUCGAGUUCCUCUUUACCAAAAUAUUGCGCAUGUCUAGCGUUAUAAGAAUCAGCAUGGCGCUGCCAAUGCCUUGGCGUGUUGUUCGAGAUAUUGGCCUAGGGUUGUGCUUAAGAGAGAUAAUUCAAUACUAUGCACACCGUUUCAUACUUCACCCUUCGAGAGUCUCUCGAUAUACUGCGGCUAAUGAGCCGUGGCUGCAGUUGUCCAAAUGGCAUCAGAGCUGGCAACACAGCGUAUCAGUUCCGUAUUCCUUCUCCGCAAACUAUGACCACCCAGCCGCUUGGGCUAUAUGGCGGUGGCUGCCAGUCUUCCUCCCGGCCGUUUUCUUUCGCUUCCAUUUAUUAACUUGGUACAUUUAUAUCGCACUGGUCUCGCUCGACGAGGCAUUCACGUAUUCCGGUUAUACUGGACUACCUUCUUUCUUUAUCUGGAGGAGUAUCGCACGCAUGCAAGGCAAGCACUUGAUCAGCGGAGGCGCAGGUAACUAUGCUCCCAUUGGUAUCAUGGACUGGAUCCAUGACACAACCGUUGGAGAGGACAUUGUGGACAGGGCCAAAAGCGAGCUCAUGGCAGGGCAAAACAAUAGAACCGUACGUAGCAGAUCUCGUUCAAAAAACAGAAACCGCGCCGGAAGACACUAGUAUGUUCCAUAAUCUUUCAACAUGCUGUUUUGCCUCCAUUAUCGUAUGAUAAUAAACAUUUGACGAAAUGCAAGUCAGAAUACUCGCAAUUGGCGACAUUUCGCCGGCAGUGGCAGACGGAGAAGAUCCUGAGUUAGCACAAGGGUUUUGGCCGACUUUC